UAACAGCACUGUAAUUCACACAUGUAAAUAUAGCUUAUUUUGUUUUUUCUCUUAUUUGUUUUAUCAGUGCUUUAUCAUUUAAUAUUUGAAAAAUACGGAAUUUCGAUAUUAACAUUGUUCUGAAAUUGCUGAAAAUCCUCUUAAAAAAUUUACUCAAAUACGCUUUAUAUUUUACGGUACUGUCAUGGGCGGUGGAAACGAUAUACGAUGCGGAUUGGAGCCAUUAGAAUUUGAAGAAUGUAUUAUUGAUAGUCCAGAGUUUCGUGAAAAUUUAAAUCAACAUGAAAAAGAAUUGGAUCAUACUAGUCAUCAAAUAAAACGUAUUAUAAAGGAAGUCAAAGACCUCAUGACUGCUGCUAAAGUGCUUUCCACAAGAAUGAAACAACUGGCCAUUUUAUUAAACGACUUCAACUUUGAGUGUAUAGGUAACGCGCAGACUGAUGAUGAGAACGUCAUUUGCGAAAGCUUAAAACGAUUUUGUGGAAUUAUUGGAACCAUUGAAGAUGAAAGGGAAAAAAUGCUAACUCUGGCUGACAAACAUAUUAUUGAAUCACUGGAAGAGUUUCGAAAAAAGCAAAUUGGAGGCGUUAAGGAAAACAAAAAGAAAUUUGACAAAAAAACCGAAAAAUUUUGUCAGUCCCAAGAGCGUUUUUUAAAUAUGUCCACAAAAAAACCCGAAAAUACUCUACAAGAGGCUGAUGCCAGCUUAGGCAUGCAUGAACGUGAAUAUAUUCAGGAAUCUUUAAGUUAUGUUUUGCGCAUUCAGGAAGUGCAGGAAAGAAUUAAAUUUGAGUUCGUUGAGAUAUUGCUUGCUUUUAUUUCCGGUUGGUUGGUAUUUUAUCACACAGCACAUGAGCAAGCGGAAGAUCAUAGAGAUUACCUGCAAGACCUAAGGCAUAAAGUUCAAAAGACACGCGAAAAUUUUGAGGAAGCACGAGAAAAAGUGACAGAGCUGAAAACAAAAUACAUGGAAAAGCGCACAAAGCCUGAGGAAAUUUUCACGAAGCGUGGAUAUUUAUUUUUGAUGGAGAAAAGUUCCCUUUUGAAAAUAUCACUUUUGGAGCCAUUUAAAGCGUCAUGGACAAAGUACUACUGUACUUUCAAAAAACAAAAACGAGAGUUUACCUUGCUCCAAUUUAAUCAAAUGAAUCACAAUUUUACUAGACCAGAGGCUCGUGAAGAUGAAAAACUGACGUUAUUUUCCUGUCACCGGCGUGCGUCUGAGUUUGAAAAGCGAUUUUGCUUUGAUUUAACCUUUAAAGAAAAGCCUGGAGUUGUUUAUACUUUUCAGGCGUUGAGCGAAAAGGAUCAUUUUUCUUGGCUUAAUGCAAUGGAUGGAACGGAACCAAUAAAUAUGGUUUCAGGUAAAAUAAAAUCAACAGACUCAUAUCAACUUAACGAAUCUGGAUUUAUAUUUGUUCGUCGUUGCAUUGAAGUAUUAGAAAGUCGGGGUCUGGAAGAUGAAGGCAUUUACCGAAAAAGUGGUGUCGGAACAAAAAUCAGCAAACUUUUAACAAUGGGAUUAAAUAUAAGUGAAACGGAAGAUAUAUUUACGGAUGAGAAAUACAGCGAUUUAAUAGAAAGCAACACUAUAGCGAGUGCUCUUAAAAUGUAUCUUCGAAAUUUAAGUGAGCCGUUAAUGACGUACCGUUAUCACAAUGACUUCAUUGAAUCAGCAAAAAUAGAAACCCAGAACCAACGCAUUAAUGAAGUUCACAAGCUAGUCCACAAGUUACCACAUAUUAAUUUUGAGAUGCUAGAUUUGGUUAUUUUCCAUUUAACCGAAGUUUCACGGAAAUACGAAAAAAACAAGAUGUCCGUUUUCAAUCUUGGAGUGGUGUUUGGACCAACUUUACUACGACCGCGGGAAGAAUCGGUUGCGGCUAUAUUGGAUAUAAAAUUUAACAACAUAGUCAUAAAUAUAUUGAUUGAUAACUAUGAUCGGAUUUUUAAAAUUAAUCCCAACAGUAAAGAAUCCUUUUUAGAAACCACCAGUGCCCUUAGCAUUAACCAUACUGGUAGACAUAGCCCACCAAAGCGAAUGCCUAGGACUUCGCACUACCAAAAAUCUUUGGCAGGAGAUACAGGAUGUUGUGCAAAGUAUCCUCAAAAAAAAAUAUAUCGAGUAAUAAUGAAACCUGAUUAUACUGAACCCACAAUUUCAUCAAGCUUGCAAAGUAUUCCAAAUGUUGUUAAAUAUGGGUAUAAUUCGGGAAGUAAUUUAUCAACUUUUCAUAAUACAAAUGAAUUGGGACAACCCAAACAUGCAAUCACAAUAAACCCCAAUACAAUGACGCAAAAAGAUAAAGUCUUAUAUUGUCCUGCUACUAGUUCAAGUGCCGAUAAUGUGGCUUUGUCCUCUUAUGAAGGCACUAAUAGUGAAAAAAAGCCUCUCGGGUUUCAUGUAGCAUCUUCAAGCAGCUCAAAUAAUAUGCGCCAUUCAGAAUUUGAAAGGACUUCAGCAUCAAUGGGAUCUGAGUCUGCCUCCGGUACUCACUUUUUUGUAAGCACUUCUAGUUCUGACUCGACACCAACCAAUUUAUUAAAUCAAAAAAGAAUGACCACGGCUUCCAAAAAACCACGAAAAGAUUAUAUUCUGGGUAGUGAUGUUUCUGAUCCGAAGCAGCACGUUCCCAACAAAAGUAGCCUUUACUCAUACAGGUUAGCUAAAAAUUAUGCUUCUGUAAUGACUGCUUCAACAUCAAGCUCCAAUGAAAGUGUUUCGGACUGCUCAAACAGUGGUUUAGGGUGUACCAAAAGUGAAAAUCGGGAUAUCCACAGCCAAGGCACAAAUGAAUUUGUAGCAUCGAUUGCACCACUAUCGACAAUUCUUGGAGCAGUCUCAAACGAUAUGAUUGCUGAUAAAUCUAGUUGCACUGCAGAAAGUGACACAGCGACUGCGACUUCUAAUCGCAAUGUUCAUAGCGCAACCAAUGAUAUCUCUUUGUAUGUACCACCUACUAAAACUCAUCGCACUCGUGAUAUAAACCAAAUUAAAAGGGAUUUAUCAACAGGCGCUGCGCGUGUCCGCACACUUUAUGCUUGCAUGGGAGAAAGUGAGGGUGAGCUGUCGUUUGAGCCCAAUCAAAUAAUAACAAAUGUACGAUUUUCUCAUGAACCUGGUUGGCUCCAGGGUACGUUAAAUGGAAAAACGGGACUUAUUCCUGAAAACUACGUGGAACACUUAAAAACCUAUAAAUAAAAAUAAAACCAUUAUAUAAAAAUUUGUUUAUAAAUAUACUAGAUUAACAACAAAAAAUUUCAUUACAUAACAAUUUCUUGUUUAAUCUUGUUUAAAUGUGCCUCUAUGUGUAAAUGUAUAGCUUUUAAAAUUUUUUAAAUCUGUGAGCUGCAAUGUUUGUUAUUUUAUAAAAGAAAGUAAUUUGUGGUGCUUAAAAAAUGCUUAAUACUUUUUUGACCUUCUCGAGUUAUAUAAAUAUACCUCAUGAAUUUAAGAAAUAGUCGAAUCGAUGAAACUUUGUCUGUCUCUCAGAAUUAAAACCUGAAUUUCGGAUAGUAAUAUAUGGGCAAUUCCAUAGACACGCACGCGACAAUCGUACGCGUUUAAAGUGCAAUAAAAAAGAAGUAUUGGUUUUUUUCACCCAAUGUUUUCAGUGUUUAAGAACCUUAAUACUGAACUAUUUUUGGUAAAAAAUUUGAGGGCUGGCGAUGAAAGGUUCCUGAGAUAUGAGCAAACAUUGUGUGGAACGCACGCGACAAAAAACGGAAGUGGUUUUU